UUUGAUUAGCCCAAAGAACGUGAACGGAGAAGAAGCCGUGUUGCUCUAAAUGCAUCGACACGGAUGCGCACAAGGGGGCGCCCAAUCCCUGGACGCGUCCGGCUUCAGCGGGCCGCUACCAUGGGUCGGACUCUACGCGGCCGCGGCCUCCGCCGCUUGCGCCCUGGCCAUGGCCAGCGACGCCAUCUCCGCCCUCCGCCGCCGCCAGCUCUGGUUCCCCUCUUUCCUCUUCUCCCUCAACGCCACCACCCUCACCCUCCUCUCCGUCGCCACAAAGCUCCCCCUCGACCUCUCCUCCCCCAUGCCCUCCCUCCCUGACCAGCUCGCCAAGCUCAGUGGCUCUGCCCUCGUCGCCACCGCCACCGCCAACCUGCUCCCCUCCCUCGCCUCCGCCCCCGACGCCGCCUCCGCCGCGGCCGAUCUCAUCGCGCUUGCCAUCCUGGUCAUCACUGUCGCCGCCAACGUCUCCAUCCAGAUCGCCACCGGCGUCAUCUACACCUUCGUCCCCGAGCAUCUCGCCGUCCUCAUUCUCGCCCUCGCCCUUGUGAUAAUUCUCUGCUCCUCCGCCCUCGCCGUGCCGACCACGAAGCAGCUGCUCGAGGAGCAGUUCGAUGACAAGUUCGGUUCGGCCUCCGACCCCGACGGCGGCAACAAUUUCGACAUCAACUCGCUCAGAGAGUCUGUGAAGCGCUACUGGUUGAUGGCGCACACUUCCAGCCCGCAGUACGUGCUCGGCCGCACCGCCACCUGCACCGCCUCGGGGGCCUUUGGCCUCCUCACUUGCCUCAUCCUCGUCGAGGCUUCCAUGAGGUCCGUAAUCAAGGACCCCCAUGGCUUGAGCUUCUGCAGUGGGACGUCGGAUUACCAGUGGUCAACCACGGUCGUGUUCUUCUCUCAGGUGGUCGCCGUGGUGGUGGGCACUAUUGCCCCGGCUUGGAGAUGGUUUAACGCCGUCAGCUUCCGAGGGCCCUCCCAGCGGAGAUGGAGCUGUAGGGAUGAGGUCAGAGUGGAAAGGUACUGGAUCCAGAGGCUAAUCGAGUGGAAGCAAGAUGCCUCCUCGACGUUCCUGGUCGACGGCAGCCAUCGGAGCAGGAAGAUGGUACACGAGCUCAAGAAUGUCGUCCUGGUCUUGCUGACUAGAGCUCAGAUUGUGGUGGUAGUGAUCUGCAAGGUGGUGCGGUUGGCGUCCGUGUUGCCCACGAGCUGGAUCCGUCGCUGCUGCAAAUGUUGGUCGCUGAGAUGGGGCUUAGUGUCCAUUCCGAGUUCCUUGUCCACUGCCAGUGGUGCGAGCAGGACUCCUUCAGGUUUGGAACAUCUGAGCAACUUUGUGCUGCAUCUGGAAGGGGAGGAGCAUUUGGUGAACUUGAUGAUGAGGAGCGAACGUGAGGACACGGAACGAUGGAUUCGGAAGGGCACUAAGAACCAACCUGCUCAUCUGAUUCAGUUGAUCAGCAACCACGCUACUUUCUCCCAAGGAUUUCAAGGUGUUUGUGAAUUUGACAGUAGGAGCAUUCCCUCCUUGGUCACCGAAGAACCUCCUAAUUGUUGGGAGCUGCCUUUGGUGACCCUCACUACGGUUGCGGUCGCUCUUCCUUACAUCAAACCUGAUUUGGUCAAGUCACUCCGGUGUGCAGUGAACGAAGGCCUCAGAUACGUCAGGCUCGUUGACGAGCAUCUGGACACGAAAGGGCUGCAUAACAUGAGGAAAGCAGGAGAUAACCUCUGGCUGGGAGUAGAUCUGUAUGAUAAGUGGCUGGACAAGGAUCUCCACGAGUUAGUCUCCGAGGAAAAGAGUGGUAAGAAGAUCAUCGAAAAGCUAGGAGAAAUUAGCAGAGAAUGUGUUAGCAGCUUUGAGCAAAAAAUGAGAGAUGGUACUGAAGAUAGGAGGAGCCCGCUGGAGUGGCCUGCAGACGUCUUUGCAUCCAAUUCUAUGUACAGAGUGAGCAGUACUAUCUUGCAAGAGUAUGAUGGCAAAUUCGGGACGGAUGACAAGUUAUUUCUGUGGUUACAGACCAUUAUUUCUGACAUAUUCUGUGCUUGCCUCACCAAUAUACCAAGAGUCAUUUACAUGGAAUGCAUUUGUAGCUCAGUUGAAGUGAGGGAAAAGCGAGUGAGGGAGGCUGCUUUUCUUCUUGGUGAGGCUACAAGCAUUCUCGAAAUACUUGGAAAUCCAGAAGUGACUUGCUUUUAUCCUAAGAGCAAACAAUACAUUGAAGAUUGGUGCAUGACAAGGCAGGACCAAAAUCUUAGUCUUCCUUUGAGUUCUUCUUAGAAUCACUUCUGAGCCAUUUUGCGUGAUCAUUCAGCAUGCUUGUAUUGGUUCUAGGCAUUUACGAAGCAGUAUUCGAAAUUAGAGGUAUCUCGUUGAGCUCCAUUACAUUUAUCAAUUUGUUAUUCUGCGGUCUACUUUCCAUCUUGAAAUUUUCAUGCGCAAGAUAAUUAUUAAGAUGUUAGAGGCAUUAGCUGUGAAGCAUUAGAUGCAUGAUUUGUUGCUGGAAGCCAAGAAUCUUGGCAAUGUAGGUGGGUACAAUUAGGAGAGAUGUGAAUUGGCCACAGGCCCUUGCAUUUACUUAUUGGAUGAAACAAACAAAGAAGUCAGAUGCAUGUGUUUUUGUUGCAAGAUAAAUGCUACAAAGUAUUUGUUAUUGAA